AUGUUGAAGUACGUAAAUGACUACUGUUCAAAUGCAAUGUAUUUACUAAAAAUUGAUGAUGAUGUUUUCGUGAAUAUGCCACAGCUAACAAAUUUCAUCCAAAACGAUCUUAGUCCAAAUUACACCCACAAUUUAAUUAUGGCAAAUGUGAAAAAAAAUGCACCUGUGUUUAGAGAAACGGAAUCAAAAUGGAGAGUAUCACCAGAAGAAUUUUCUUCAAAUGUGUAUCCUACUUACUGCCCCGGAUGGCGGAUAAUAUACUCCAUGGAUAUUGUGCAAUAUCUCUAUCGGCAAUCGCAGAAUACAGCUGUAAAGUAUUUUUGGAUUGAUGACGUUUUUGUUACUGGAAUUUUGGCUGCUAAAUUAAAGGACGUUCAUAAGGAAAUAGGGCCUUUAACAGUGACCAAUACAAUGGUCAAGAGAUAUUUAAAGGAGUCUGCAAAAUAUAGUUGUUUUGUGUUCAGUUCUUACAGUUUCGAUAUUAAUCAAAAUGGACCUUUGAUGGAGUUUUUGCAUAAACAGACUGCUUGUUUUUCUAUGGCAAAUCUUUUGGAUUAUUGGAUGAAUAAAUGA